GUUGAACAAACAUUUCUGACUUGCUUCCGGUACAUUUGCAUCUUCUCCUUUUUAUUGUGUCGUCCACACGUCUGUCAACUAUCCAAAACUUUGGUAUCUCCGGCGAUUUCUUUGUAUACGGCUGUUGUUUCCGAUUUGAUUUAUUGGGGAAGAAGUAAUGGAAUUCCUAUUCAAGGGAACGAAUGAAGAUGCAUCUGAGUGUCCGUUUAAUGCGCAAGACAUACAAAGAUGCCCAUUCUUGAGGAACGUUAAUAAACCAACUAGCUUCUCUUUGUCUAACUUCUCUAAUCCAGCUAGGGGAGGCAAAGGUCCAAUAUUUGAGGAUGGAGACAACUUUGAUUUUGCCUUUAAGCUCUUUCAUGGAAAGAAUGGAGUCGUUCCACUCUCAGGAAAUACUCCAUCUCAUGAAGUAAUGAAACCUGAACCUACUACUCCUCAAUUCAACCCUCUGGCUGCAAAAGCUGCAACUAUCAGUCUAUCUUCAUUUGGGCCAGGGGGACCAUUCAGCUUUGAUUCCUUCUCCAAAAACUGGAAGAAUGAAAAAAAGAGAUCUGAUUCAGCAAAAGAGAGAAAACCAGCUCAGGAAGAGUACUCUAAACACGAAGCAAAUGGGAACGAGUGGUUAGAAACAGGGAAUUGUCCAAUAGCCAAGUCAUACAGAGCCAUUAGCGGGGUUCUACCCCAAAUCGCAUCAGUUCUCCAGCCACCACCCGGUUUAAAGCUCAAAUGCCCUCCAGCAAUCGUAGCUGCCCGGGCUGCCCUAUCGAAAACAGCAUUUGCCAAGAAUCUCCGCCCACAGCCCCUUCCGACGAAAGUUCUUGUCAUAGGAGUUAUGGGCAUGGCUGCAAACAUUCCCUUGGGAAUUUGGAGAGAACACACAAAAAAAUUCUCGGUUUCUUGGUUUGCAGCUGUUCAUGCUGCAGUCCCAUUUAUAGCGAUUUUGAGGAAAUCUGUUUUGAUGCCGAAGUAUGCUAUGGUAAUGACAAUUGCAGCUUCGAUCCUCGGGCAGGUGAUUGGUUCUAGGGCAGAACGAAUUCGGCUUAGCCGAAAAGCAGCCACUAAUGAUGAUGGAUUUUGUGCUGGUCAGUGUAGUAAAGAAGAAGGGAAGUCUUUGGCCAGUCCAGGCCAACUUCAAAUUUGUGCUUCUGACUGAAGUAAAAUUACAGGCGGUAACUUUUUUGUUACAGGAAGUUGAGAAAAUGUGUGAUUUUGAAAUUUGAAUUUCAUUUGGUGCAAGUAAAAAAAGUUGAUAUAGUUUAGUUGUAUGUCAAUCUAAACAACUUAAUUAAAGUGGUGUCUAAAUAUGUGGAUUUUAAUUUUAUUUUA